GAUCUAACUUCUGAUCGUGAAGUGUGUUCACUAAUCCAGUUUUAUUAAUAUAAGCUAAGCAAACACACUGUACCCGAUUGGAUUAAUCACAAAAGUGCAUCAUCUAAGAACCCAUAAAUAACCGGUACCCAAUAUGUUUGGAUCGGUAUUUACCAUUAUAGCCGUGUGAAUUGGAUGUAAAUGUUUUGAAUGAUGGCGCUGACCGUGGGCCCCAAGUCCAGACAUGUAGAUCGCGUUGCCCCUCAGCCGCAAACGCAAUCGUCACUUCCGGCCACGGACAUUGACUUUGACCUGCUGGUAAAGCGAGUUGAGAACACAAUCAUGACUGACAAGGGGCGCCAAACUGUGGGUAUUACUCCACAGGAACUACUUGCGCGUAGCAACCCCGGCCUGUUUACGCACGAUAUUGAAAGCACGGCCCGUGACCUUACAAAUCCACGCGAAAUGUAUAAUAUACUGUCACAUAGAACAAAAUCAAUCGAGGAUUUAGCGGUCAGACUUAAGCAGGAGCUAGCAAGAGCUUCCAAAACAACUGGACAUUUUCCAAAUCUACCGAGAACAUUAAGUAUGAACGAUAUAGAUCAAACAAAAACUGGCAGAUUCGGACAUAAAGCUCAGCCUGUGUCGAACAUGCAAAAUGGGGAUCGAAAACUUGACGUCAUUCUACUAAAUAGGCAUAACACAAGCAUUGACGACUUCCGAGCUUGUUCACAGAAGUUGAGAGAACAGGAAAAUAAUGUGAAUUUACCUCGGCUGCCCACUGCGGGGACUGGACAUCCUGACAAGGAUGGUGAUACUCGUGAUAAGGAGAAACUGGAGCUGCCGGACCUUACAGAGAAACACAAGGACGGGGGCGAAUUAAAGGAACCGCCAGUUAACACGGACAAACUCGGCAAAAAUUUAUUACGCAUUAACGAGGAGUUAUCAACAUCAGAUUCAAAGUUGGAUAAGUGGUUUUCAGAAAUGCCCAAUGAAGUCUUUGAUAAAGCACAGCGCGCUUUAAUGGAAAACACCAUAAGGGAAAGGUUAAACGAGUUUCAAAGAAGACGAAAUCGCAAAGUCAACUUUCCUAAUCAAAGUGUUAAUGUGUUUCUAGGUUCUAAAAUGACUCGAAUACCAAACACAUAUUUAGAAUUAAGAGUAGAUUCAUUCGGGAAGCAUUUGCAGUACGACAAGGACCGAUACAAAAUGCACCUGAAGUCCGUUCACCACCUGAAGACCCGGGAGUUGUCGGACGUAGAGCGGCCGUCACGGGAGGAUGAACUGCCACGCAUGGCGCUCCAGCACCGCUCCCUUACCACUCUAGCCCUCACCAAGGCCAAGCCUAGACUAGAUGCCGAUAAACGGGCUAGGUCCAGGAAACAUUAUAUUGAGAUCCCGACGGCAAAGGGAAUGAAAACCGUGUACAUGAAUGAUAGUUUUGACGCGUAUGAGCGUGAGCACGGGUCGAGACUGAGACAAAGUGGGAUAAGUAAUUAUGAAGAGUAUACAGAACGGCUUAACAUGAUGCGCGAGGCGAGCGACAUUAUCCACAUGAGGAACAACUCACCAAUCAUAUUUUCCGAAGGUGAUCCUGAACAGGACGCCGAAGCGUCCAGUGGCGACCGUGAAACAACCAAAGCCGCAAUAGUUAACCUAGCUCUAGCUAAGUCAGCCCCGAAAAGUAGAAAACCAACGCACCUUAAGAAAACUUUGAUGGAGAUUGAACGUCAUGAGAAGUUAGGACAUACUAAUGGGGAUAUUGUGCAUGGUGACAGUGACGGUGAUGUUGAUUUAGAUGUAAUGGAUGGUAUGAUUGCUGGAGAAAAACACGAACCAAUAGUAACGAAAAUACCCACCGCGCAAUCAAGUCGGACUUCCGACACUAAAUCCUCGAAUUCGUCUGUAAUGAGCAACAAAACACCACUUAAAAGGUUCAAUACUUUAGAAGUGUUUGCCGAAUUCGGGAGAAUUCCGGAAGCCCCGACAAUAAAUAACUUACGGCAGCAACGCACACGCACAGAGGGAUUACGAGGUAUACCGCUGCCGUCUUCCAUCAAGUUAGACACAAAACACCAGCCUCACCCGCCGGCGAAUCCACCCAGACACGACGUCUUCUUCCGCGAACGGGAGGCGAAGAAACCGGAUGUUACGUUCAGGUUUGAGCCCGGUGCAGUACACAUUUACAAAAACAAUCCCUACCAGCUCCAGAAUCACACUAGAUCAAGCGAGCGCGCCCGGGUCAUCUACGGUAAAAUAAAUAAGGAACCACCGGUGAGGCGAGACCCAGGCCACGGCCGUCGUAAAGAUGAUACCAGGGACGGCAACUCUAUGGCAACGAUGAGUACAAAACUAGACGCGUAUCGGUCAGAGUUAGCUCGCUUUGAAAACCGUGCACUCGAUGAGAGUUUUUGCUCGAUGUCCUCGCGCCACGAUGAUGGCGCCAAGAACACCAUGCUUGUUAUCGGGAACGAGGCCAGCAAACGGCUUCACGGAAUUUCUACCGCACCAAAGGCCGUCAGCAAACGUGACGUUGCUGUUGAGACUGAUAUAAUCGGUUCGCAGCACUCAUCCGAAGCGAACUCGCCCGAACAUUCGGCACGUAAGUCCCUAGACCGCGCCCUUUCGGCGGCGCAGAGUGGGUCGGGGCUUAGUGACUUUAUUGUUGACAAUAACGACGGAGAGAGCUUGAGUAGCGACGGAGAUGAGGACAUGCAGCCUACAGACAGUCAGAGUGUGUAAUCAACUAACUAGAACGUGUUGAUUUCUUUACAUGUGUGGAAAUGUCCGAUGUUAUAACAUCAUUUCAGUGUGUGCGCUUACGAAUCCACCAAAGGGAAACUACUGCAAAUUCUGCAAAGACUAAAUAUUAACAAAGUGACGUUCAAAAUGUCACUGUAAUAAUCUUGUGUAUGUAUGCUUUCAAUAGAUAGAGAGCCACAUUUUUCAGAUUUUUAUGUAUUAAUUGGUGCGUUAUCAUUUUACAAAUAAAAGUAUUUAUUCACA